AUGAAGUCUCUACAAUUUGUGUUUUUAGUUUUUGGAGUGUUAGCUGUGAGCUUAGGAUCUAUCAAUGCUUUGUCUGAUGAGGAGAGAAACAAAAUUUACGCAGGAAUGCUACCACAUAUAUUGGAGUGCAGCAAAGAGUUUGGAGUUACGGAAGAUCAAUUAAAAGAAGCUAAAGAAUCUGGCAAGAUUGGUUCAGUCAACCCAUGCCUUAUGGGAUGUGUGUUUAAGAAAAUCAAUGUAAUAAAUGACAAAGGUUUGUUUAAUACCGAUAAAGCUCAAGAGCUUAGCCAGAAGUUCUUAGGUGAUGGAGGAGAUCAGCAAAAGGCCACGGAUGUUAUUAAAAAAUGCUCGUCAGUUAAUGAAGAAAAUGUAAGUGAUGGUGAAAAGGGAUGCGACAGGGCUAAGCUUUUAUUCGACUGCUUGCUUCCAUUUAAAUCAGAGUUCGCCAUGGCCCGC